AUGGCGAUUGUAAAUAACACAUUGGUGAUGGAGAGUACAACCAUCAAUUUGCUGCUAGCUACUGCCCAACCCGAGACGAUGGGCCUACAAGAUUUCUACAGGAAAUACGCAUUGCUGCAUGGGUAUUUCAGCAUUGUUGUGUGUUUGUUUGGGUUCGUUGCUAAUAUUUUCAACAUUGUGGUCCUUACUCGACCGAACAUGAUCACACCCACGAAUGUGAUACUGACUUGGCUAGCCGUAGCAGACAUGUUCACAAUGCUUGAUUACUUCCCGUUCGCUUUGCACUUUUAUAUUUUCAAAGACUCGGAUUUAACAUUUUUAGAGACACGAGGAUAUGGAUGGAUGUGUUACUUAUUGUUUCACGCUAACUUCAGUGUUUUGUGUCAUUCAGUGGCAAUAUGGUUGACGAUUGCGCUCGCUACAUUUCGGUUUAUGUGUAUAUGGUUUCCAACUUGGGGACCACAGUAUUGCACUGUGAGAAGGGCAAAACAUGUGAUAGGAAUUAUAAUAGGCUCUGUCAUUAUAUUAUGCAUUCCAAACUGUAUCAUUAACUCGUGGACGACUGUAGGUAAAAAUGAAACGAACAUAAUGGAGGGAGCAUAUGUUCAUGUGGACAAAAUGAACAAGAUGAUUCAAGCCAUCAUCUUUAAGAUUUUACCAUGCUUUGCGCUCGCGUGCCUCACGAUUCUACUAGUUACAGCAAUGCACAGGGCGUAUAAGAAGCGAAUGAGGUUGCGGAACCAGGGUCGUAAUGAGGAGUCCGAUCGCCACGGGGAGCACAAUAGAACAACGGGCAUGCUGCUUGCUGUUGUUGUUCUUUUCCUCUUGACAGAAAUGCCACAAGGGAUUCUUACUAUUAUGUCGUUAGUGCAAGACUAUUAUUUCAUUAACGUGUACAUGCCCCUUGGAGAUGUUUUGGAUAUAAUGGCGUUGUGCAACAACGCAAUCAAUUUCGUUCUCUACAGUACAAUGUCCAAGCAGUUUAGAGAUACAUUCGUAUCCCAAUUUUGUUGCUGUUGUCCAAAAAAAAGACCAGGAUGGAUGAGAAUGAAAAUUAUCAAAUCGAAAACGGAACAGAAUGGGAAUUUCGUUACCACACAUUCCCAAGUGUAG